AUGCCCAAGGAAGCUACGAUCAUCUUCAUCAAUAACUACGCAUUCGAGCCGGAGUUAGACCUUCAUAUAAAGAAUAUGCUAGCUGACUGUCAUGUAGGAACUCGAAUUAUUUCAACGAAAGCCUAUGCGACUGGAACAAAACGAGUGAAUAUGCGUAAUCUAGGAGAUGUAGAAGCGAUAAUGGAAGUCACCCAGCUGAAAACGGUAAAGCAACCAACAUCUUGGACUCCCAACGAUGUACCCUACUAUCUGCACACAGUUACGCACAGCAAGGUGAUCUCUACCAGUCAUCUAUGUUGACA